AGAAGCUGCUGUCAUGCCGGCCCGUCCGCGGGCUCUGUAUCGGCGUAUCCUACUGCUGCACCGGGCGCUGCCGGCCGCCCUGCGGGCGCUGGGGGACCGCUACGUGAAGGAGGAAUUCAGGAGGCAUAAGGCCGCCGGGCCCGCCGAGGCCCAGCGCUUCCUGCGGGAAUGGGAGAACUAUGCAGCGCUGAUACAGCAACAAAUUAAUGAAGACAAACAAAACUUGAGAGAAAAGACUCUCUAUGGAGUCCAGCUCACAGAAGAAAAACUGAAUGACUUCCGUGAUGAACAGAUUGGGCAGCUGAAAGAACUGAUGGAUGAGGCUACCAAACCUAAUAAAAAUAUCACCAUUUCUAAAGACUUGGAACACAAAACCUGAAAGGUUUUAAAAUUGCUUUAGUACUUAUGGAAGUAUUUUGAAACUUCCUUUUCCAGUUGGACGUGAAUGUGGUUUCUGUGGAAUUGUGGAUGCUGCUGGUGCCAUAACUUAUCUGAAAUGGAUGUCUGGCUAUUUGGCUUUAUAUGCAAGAAUAAAUGUUGAAUGGAAUAAUCACAACAAAUUUAUGUCAAUUGUGAUUUUUUUUUUCUCAUAAUGGAAGGUGGAGACUUAAG